CUGCUUGCGGUUGCCGGUACAGCUGAAAGCGAGCUUCGUCUGUCUCUUCCUCUGGCUCCACCUCCUCCCCUCCCCUUCCUCUAUCUGCCCAACCCCACAACUAAACCUCGCCGCUGCCGGCCGGCCGGCUCAAGAUUGAUUGGCCGGCGAGCUGUUAACCGAUGUAUAUUGGCCCCAAUCGACCAAUCGAUACCAGCUGCUAGUCUGCGUCCUGUGUUAUGCUCUGUUGUUGAUAUCUCCGCCUUGCCCGCCCGACCUGCUUUGCUUGCUCUGUUCUUGAUAUCUUCCCCUCGUUUCCCGUGAUAUAUGGGUUCCUGGAGCAGAGCGUGUGGGCUCUUGAUUAUCUUUUGACGAGUUAGCCCGUUCCCCGAGGCGCGGUAGUGGCGAACCCGUGAACGCUCUGCCUCUGUCUGCCGCAGCGCAGCGCCGCUGUGCAUAGGGUUCCUCUUUCGUUCUAUUUAACCCUUGCUGGUGAUCAAUCGUCUUUUCCCCAGGAUCGCAUUUGUUUGUUUUCCGCUUUUAUUUUUCUGGCCGUCAGCGUCGGUGGUGGCGGCAACGCUGCUCCGUCCCGAGCUUGGCUUUCGAGACAAGAAAUUCCUCGGUUUCCACGCGCGCUUUGGACUUUACCCUGCCCCUUUGUUUCCUUUCCGCUGGGGGGCUGCUAGCAGGAGGCGUUUGGGGGGUUUGGCCGUUUCGGGUUUCUGCGGGGCGCAUCGAUGCGAUUUCGCGUGCCUUCUCCUCCUGCAAUUUCGGGCUGGGAUUUCCAGAUUUAAUCUGCUUGAUUCGUGAUCUUACUCAGCGAUUUUUCUGCUGCCGGGGGGUUUGCGGCGGUCCGAUCGAUGGCUUCGUCGUGCCUGCCGACCGGCCUCCGGCUGGACCUGGAGAUGGUGAAGUCGGCGGCGGCGGCGCCCCCCGGCGGGGCGGCGCCGCUGCGGCCGGCGCACUCCUCGGCGUCGGCGUCCUCCACGCUCUCGGAGGCGUCCAACUCCUCCUCCACCUCCUCGCUCUCGCUCAAGCGGGCGCGCACGCCGCGGAAGAGGCCCAACCAGACCUACAACGAGGCGGCGGCGCUGCUUGCCUCGUUGUACCCUUCCGUCUUCCCCGCCACCGGCGAGGGCGCCCCCGGGACGGCGCCGCGGCUCCUCGGGCUAGCGUCUGCCCUCGCCGACGACCCCUCCUGCUCCGACCUCCUCCCUCCGUUCCCCGUCCUCGGGAACGCUGCGUGCCUCCUCCGCGACUUGCCGCGCCCGCAGACGCCCAGGAGCCCCGUCGUCACGAAGAGCUGCCUCUCGCCGUCGCCCGUGAGCAGCGUCUUCACCGAGUUCCGCGACUCCGCGCCCUCCCCCGGAACCCCCGACGGCGCCGCGGCGGACGAGCCCCGGGAUCUCGACUAUGACGAUGACGAUGGCUUUGACUCUGAUUCCUUUCUCCUUGGCGGCGAGGAGUGCGCCGCUGUGAGCAUCGACGGCAUCAUGGGCAAGCUCAGUAUGGAAAGCAGAGCAGCCUCCGGAAUGAACCCUGUCCUGUCCAGUUCUGGCACAGACAAUUAUCUCCGAAGUCUCAUGGUGCUUGGGCUCGGGUUCCAGCGCUCCCGGACCACCAUCAAGCAAGCACUGAAGCGGCACGAUGAUGACAGCGAAUGGUGGACGUGCCCGGCCAUACCGUUGAAGGACAUCACGGCCGCACCUCCCCCGGCGUUGGCACUGCCGCCGCCGGCUGAGAAGACAAAGAAGAAGAAGAGUAAGAAGAAGUCAUUGAAAGACAUUGCCGUUGGGGAAUGCAGGAAAUGUGAGGAGGAAGUUCCUGAGUCUGCUAAUGGUGAUGCUGGAAUUUUAUCGCUGCCCAAGACUGGUUUGGGCCUGAGCCUGAACACCGAAGAAGUGCUGAAGGCGUGGUAUGAUAGAGGCUCCGUGUUUGGUGACAGCAGCAUACCUGAUUCGUCGUCCACUGAUGGACUGGCAUGGAGAGCUCACCACACGCCCCCAUCCCUUAGUCCCCAUGCCCCAAGCCAUCUCUCCGACAAAAAUAGCGGGGGUGGAACAGGAACAGUGUGGCGUUCACUCCAUGCCUCCAGCAGAAACCUCUAGCAGUUCUGUUAGGUACCUGUACCUAAUAGUUUGACCUUCAGUGCUUUCGUUAUGAAAAAGGGGCACUAAAGAUCAAUCUGCAAAACUGUGGCAAACUAGUUAUUGUUUCAUUUUCUAUGAAAAAUCUCAACAAGCAGUCUCUAGUUCACAACUCUGGCAUCUUAUUUGCUUAUUCAGGCCUCAUACAUCUCCUUGAGUAAUGUCUUGAGCAAAUGCUUCUGUGUUUCUGGAUUCGCAGGAGCAUCAGAAUUUUGAUACAUUCAUACAUAAUGAAUACAAAUUUACAUCAAUCUAAACAUGAUAAGGAAAAGGAGUUAAAAUGAACUAUCUUCUCUUGCCAUUUCUUGUAAAUGAUCGAACUUUAUGACACUGGCAUGUCAACCGAACCAUUUUAAUGAGUGAUGAUGCAUAACCUAUGUUGUCAACUGUGCAACAUUGGACCACUAGACACCUCAGUGUUUGCGGCACAUGCCUUUUGUCUUGUUGGGGAGUGGUAGGGCUCAAAAUGGUGCUCUUGGAUCCAUAAGACAUAUCUAAUGUACUCCCUCUGAUCCUAAAUUCUUGACUCAAAUUUGUCCAGAUAUGGAUGUAUCUAUUCUUAAAAAGUGUCUAGAUACAUGUAAUAUUUCAACAAUAAUUUAGGAUCGGAGGGAGUAUCAAAUUAUCCCAUAUUUGCUUGCCAUUUUCUGCAAAUUUCCUUAGUAAAAGGCAAAUGUAUUUUAGCCGUUGUAUCUGGGGAAUAUUCAUGGUUCAGAUUUGUCUACCUUGGUCUCUAGAUACACCUAUUUGGUCAUCAUGUAUCCUCAGAGAAUUGCCCAAUUUAGGGAUGCUUUUACUGUACAGAUUGUGUAUGACACUGGCAUUUUUUUCAUAAAAAUAUCAUUGUUGACAAA